UCGACUUACAGUGUGUCGACACAGGCAGCUGUUACGCAGCAAAGCUUUACAGUUUUUGCUAUUUUAAUCAUAUUUUUGAGUAGUUUAAGAAUCAAUGUCUCGAUUUAACAAUAAUCGCGGCGGCAUGGGGAUGAAUCAUUUCCAGCCACGCAGAGGAGGAGGACCCGGCGGACCCAUACGAGGUGGGCUGAUGGGAAACCCAAAUUUCAGGAAUCAUCCUUUUCAGAACCAGAAUCAACAACGUAGAGGGGGACACAACAACUUCAAUAGACCGCCUCACCAGGGGCCUCAGACGACUCCGCAGAAGCCACUACAGAACCAGGGACUACCCAUCAUUCCCCCGCCGACUCCGGGCCCGGCGCUCACCAUGAAAGGCCCGAUGCAGCAGCAGAAGCCGGAGGAGCCGCAGACACCGGCGACCCCCGCUACCCCUGCUACCCAGCCCAAGAUCCAGUCACCACCACCCAAACCAAACAUAACCUCCCCCCAGCCCAACCAGGAGAACAAGAACCAGAACCAGCAGAUCAAAUCACCGGCGGAAAACACCAAUGGACAGCAGCAGAAGCCGCUUCCGAGCCCAAAGUCAGGGCCCCCGCAAGGCCCCAAGUCAGGCCCCCCGCAAGGCAUGAAGCCGGGUCUGCAACAGGGCCAGAGGACGGGCCCCCCGCCAGUCCAGAGGACAGGCCCGCAAUCAGGCCAGAAGUCAGGCCCCCCGCUAGGCCAGAGGACGGGUCCACAGAUGACUCCUAACAAGCCCAGACAGGACCAGGAUCGCAAGGCCUCAAACGACAACUCCGACGAGAGCCAUCCUAAGGAAUUCAGGGCGACUCUGUCCAUGUUGCUGAAACCCGGUGAGAAGACCUACACACAGCGGUGUCGCCUCUUCAUCGGUAACCUGCCCAACGACAUCACGGAGGACGAGUUCAGGAAGCUGUUUGCCAAAUAUGGAGAGCCAAGCGAGGUCUUCAUUAACAAGAGCAAAGGCUUCGGUUUCAUCCGAUUGGAGUCCCGUGCACUCGCCGAAAUAGCAAAGGCAGAGUUAGACGACAUACCGAUGAAAGGAAGACCCCUGCGUGUCCGAUUCGCCACACACUCUGCAGCUCUGUCUGUGAAGAACCUGUCACCGUUUGUUUCCAACGAGCUCUUGGAAGAAGCUUUCUCACAGUUUGGCAUGGUCGAAAGGGCCAUCGUCAUCGUUGAUGACCGCGGGCGCUCCACAGGCAAGGGCAUUGUUGAGUUUGCGUCCAAACCCGCUGCCAGAAAGGCCCUGGACCGUUGCAGUGAGGGCGUUUUCCUGCUCACAGCGUCACCCAGACCAGUUAUCGUGGAGCCUCUCGACCAGUUUGAUGAUGAAGAUGGUCUACCAGAGAAACUGGCACAGAAGAACCCCAGAUAUCAAGCAGAGCGGGACGAACCCCCUCGCUUUGCUCGUCCAGGCACGUUCGAAUUCGAGUAUUCCAAACGCUGGAAGUCCCUUGACGAAAUGGAGAAACAGCAGAGGGACCAAGUGGAGAAGAACAUGCGUGAGGCCCGCGAGAAGCUUGAAAGUGAGAUGGAGGACGCUUAUCACGAACACCAGGCCAACUUGCUCAGACAAGAUCUAUUGAGGCGACAGGAAGAACUGCGGCGGAUGGAGGAGUUGCACAGUCAGGAGAUGCAAAAGAGGAAGGAGAUGCAGAUAAGGCAAGAAGAAGAGCGUCGCAGGCGGGAGGAGGAGAUGCUUCGCAAGAGAGAGAUGGAAGAACAGAUGCGCCGCCAGCGUGAGGAGAACUACAGAAUGGGCAACUUCAUGGAUAGGGACAGGGAAAUGAGAAUGAAUUCUGGCGGAGCUUUGGGAAUGGGUGAUAUGCCCUUUGCGGCCAACCAGAAGUUCCCUAUGGGUGGACUGGGCUUUGAGGGACAGCCGGGAAUGGGACCAGCUGCAGGAGGCUUAAUGAACAACGAAAUGCGCAAUGAGCGCUUCGCCCAGGGUGGUCCUAGGGGAAUGGGUCCUGGUAACCCCGGGUACGGCAGGGUCCGCGAGGAGUUUGAUGGUCCUACUAAGAAACCCCGUUUUUAAACGCUUCCCUUUGAUGCUCUUAGCAGCACCAUUUGUAUAGAUUCUCCAAAACAAAUAUGUUGAGCUACAUUUCUUGUAUUUAAGUUUAAAAUGUUGCUACGUUUUAGCUUGACACUUUUCUCUUUUUAUUACAAAGUCAAUAUUUUCAUUUAUUUUGUAUUGUCAGUAGUAUGAAAAAUAGGUCACAUUCGUGUGAUCCAUUAGUUCUAUCUAACCCCUGUAUGAUUUACUUUUCUAGAUGUAUUAUGCUCUGUGAGUCGUCGUGAAGUGAUAACUGUAAAAUAUUUCUCUACUUUCUAUGGCUGUGUUUUGUGCCAUACAUUUGGAGUCAAAGCAUGUAUUAUAAUAAAGAGACAUUGGUUCUAUCAGGACAAACCAAACAUUUAUUCUUAAAAGUUGAAUUAUUGUUCAAAAACAAUCAAACUCCAAUUGGUUGUUCACACUAAUUAAAUACUGUGGAUAGAUUUGCCACAUUAGGUCUUAAAGGCUCUAUGUGUUAUCUCUGCCACAAUCCUGAUAUCUUUUAUUCAGUGACAUAUAUUUAUAUAUAACAAAAUCUAAUAAACACAAGGCAUUGCUCCACGUCAAGCUAUGCUUGCUGCUAAUGCCCCAUGAUGUGCUCCACUUCCUUCCCUGUAAAUACAAAAAGGAUAACUUGUAAAUACUAGUAUCAGUCAAACAGUUAUGUAAAAUGACUGUCAUUGCCUUGUCAAAAUUUGAUCUUGAGCAAUAGUUAUUUAAGGAUCAGUGUGUAGGAUUUAGUGGCGUCUUGCGGAGAGGUUGCAGAUUGCAACCAACUGAAUACCCCUCCACCCUCCUUCUCCCCCUUGAAGUGUGUAGAAGAACCUCCAGUAGCCGUAAAGCUUGCAAGAAACCUGAGAGGCCCUUUUUAGAGUCAGUUCGGUUUAGUUUGUCUGUUCUAGGCUACUCUAGAAACAUGUCAGUGGUGGUAGUGUCACGGGAUUAUACACUGAUUAAAACAUACUUAUCAACAUAAUAUUCAAUUUUUACCAAGUCUGCUUCACUAGAGGCCACUAAGUUCUACACACCGGACCUUAAGUGGUGACGAUAUUGCACCCAGUGCUUAUGAUUAUAGUACAUGAACUGCAAUGAUUUAGAUAUUCAUGAUACAUGACAUUAAACUGUCCACAGAUAAAAUGGAGCCCUCUGGAGUUAUUUUCUAUAUUAUACUGAUUUGUUUCAUUAACACCUUUACAGUCAUUCUUCAGGAAAGCAGAAAUACUACACAUAGAACCUUUAAGAAAGCUUGUGGUGGAGUGUGUGGUUAUGGGUAACCAAGCUGGACACAAACUUGUCUACAUACUAUUACAUACAGCUAAUAUUACAUUUAGUCUACAUUGUGAAUAUCUUGUGUGCAUGCUUGGAGGCUGGAGUUACUGACUACGUUUACAUGCAGUCCAAUACACAACAACCAUAAUAAGAAACCACACGUCUGUGUUGCACAUUUUAAACCAGUAAAAGCUUUGAUAUCCAAACAAGUUGGCACCUGAAAUUUAGAAAUUUCAUAAGUGAUUGCGCACAUGUAUAUUCACUCACCAGUUACAAACACAUUUUUUGUAGUAAAUUGACUAGGAGCAUUGAAACAACAGUUCCUUGUAGUGUUUCUGCCUUCGAUGGGGCUGAAUUACUUUGUGAUGAUGUAGUUGCAAUGACACAACCUAGUUGCUACUGGGCUACUUAUCAUGCUUAGAUCACCUUGUUUGUGUUAUCUUUCUGAUGAUAACUGGACAUUAAGCUUUUUAAUCUUCGGCAACUUUCAUUUAGUAGUUGAGUAAAAACAGAGUUGCCCCUAACCUCAUUCCCUUAAAUAGCUAAUAACCAUGUCAAUAGUUAUUAUUUUUGACAUCCUUUACAAACUUGCAUGUAAACGUAGUCAUUUUCAGUUGUGGAUAAUUUUUGGGUACAAUAGAGGUCUAUAGCGUUAGAAAAUAAACAUAUAAGGAAGUCUUGAUUGAUGGAAUUGGUAGUAAAAAUGUUCUUGCUGUAGUUAAGUACUUAGUUGGCAUGAGUAAAUCUGCCUUAACAUGACUAACAGGUCCAAAGGUCCGAUUUUAAAAGCGUGAUAAUCACUAAGAAUUUAACCAAAUAUGUUUCAGAUUUGUAAUGUAUGUCGAUGUCAGACCAACAUCUCUAUUUAGCUAAAACAAAAAAACAAGCAAGAUCAAGACCUUCUCAGACGGAUGACCAAGUGACCUGUGCUCCUUUGUGACUUUUAAUUAAAAAGUUGUACAUACCUGACACAGGUGUGAUAAAAGUCGGCAAACGACCAUUUAAAAAAACAAAAAAAAACAAGUGGUACUGCAUUCAAGAAGACAAGAACAUCACUUCACAGGAAAAUCCAGUCUGAAUUUUCAGGGUGUAGUCCUGGCUGAUUGGUAACCAAUGAAAACUGCAUGGAGAUGACCUGUACUGCAGUGGAAGUUGUGGCUCAUCUGGGCCGAUGCUUUAUGCUUUCCAUUUUUGUCACCAAGGUUUCUUGGUUCAAUAAUGUAUAAACCCUGCUUAACUUUAUGCAGAUGAAUUUAUUAAUGUGUUGCACAGAUGUCUGGCUUGCGCCAGCUAUACGUAGAAAAGAUGAUUCUCUAAGCACCCUCUGUAGUUAGCCCUUGGUAACAGACGAGCACUUGUAUUACUUGGCUGUAUUAUAUCGCUUUAAAUUUUAUUAAUUCUCCCCAGAUCUGGCUAAGAUUUUUUUAUUUUUGGAUGGCAAGGGGUCAACCUUUGACAACAAACAACUCUCAAACAUCACUCUUCAUAUCAUUAAUGGAGUACAUUCAGCAAUACAUUUUGUCAUUCUAGGAGAUGUGUUUAUCUGCAGUUUCAUUAACAUGAUCUGUGGCAAUAUUACGAGAAACACAAACUAUCAAAAGAAAACAGAACAUUUAAGAACUUUGUUACACACAAAUAUCUGUUGUCACUGAUGAUGGAAUUUGAAAAUUAUAUUUUCACUCUGGCCCCACCCCAGUGAGGAGUCACUAUUAUUUUUGGAGGUAUCCUUGGUAUCUCUUUGGAAUCAAAACUUUGGACACCUUCUUUUCAUUCACUGACUUGCCUCAGCAAGUGCUUUCAGGGUUAUGUGGUAGGUGGAGACGGGCUGAAACCGUGAGUGUAAGUAAUCUUAUAUAAAUUACAACUUUAAUUUAAUUGUCGUUAAUUGUGACUAGUAUCCUUUGCACUUUACUGCAUUUAUGUUAAGAGAAUGGAAAAUAUGCUUGAUAAAUGAAGCAAAACCAGUUGUAAUACACAAUAUUCUUUUUCCUAGAACUAGCUUGACUGUGACAUUCUGUGGACUAUUGGCGGUGUAUUGACAUUUUUGUCUUGAGAUUAGCACCAUGUAUCAGUGUACUUUCUAGCACUUGUUUUUUACCCACGCCAUUCUUUUUCAAAUUACCAAAAUGAAUAAUAAGUGACUUUCCACCUUACCUGUGGACUCACACACAUAUUCUUCUGGAAACAGUUUUAGUCCAUCGUUGGACAUCAUUUUGAAUAUCAAUUGGAUUUUCAUUUGUCAAAUAGCAUUUGAAAAACAAUGGGAAGAUGUUAAAACAGGGGAGUACUUAAGAGAAAUUACGUAUUGAAGUACUUUAUAGUGUUAACUCUUGUGUACAGUAAGAUAUUUUCUCUGUACAUCUUUAAUUUAAGGCGUAUUAAAGAACUUAAUUAGUUGCAAUGACUAUCCAGUAAAAUGUCCUUGUUUGUGUUGCUUUUGAGAAUCCCACAAAGCUGACACCACUGCAAAAUAGAGGAUUUAAUUCACUUUGAAUUUGGUAAUGUUAUUACCAAUUAUCAUUUUCAUGGAGUGUUGAUUUGAAAUGUUACGUGUUUGUGUUAUGUACAUUUUUUCUUUAACAGGUUGGCCCAACCUUAAACAUUAUGGACUAUGGAAGGAAUUUUUGGCUGUAUAGCCAGGACUCAAGAAUGCUUGCGCAAAGAGACCUUAACACUGGACUUGAGUCCUGAGUUAGUAAUGUUCAGCUGGCAUUGUGUAAAAAGGUUACAAAGGAACCAUAAAGAGGUUUGGAAAAAGGUUGCCAUUUGUCGUCAACGUAAAUCUACCUUGAGCUGGUGUACUAUGGACAGAUAGUUGGUGCAUAAUGUCGAUUUAGCACUUUGUCUUUCCUAUGAAACCUGUAGAUAAAGUAUCACACCACUAAACUUUGAUAUUAUAUGAGCACAAAAGUGUAGAUCAUUUUUAAUGGAUUUAUGAGAAAUUUUUCAUAUAAUUUGGUAAUGUAAAUGCAGAUCCCCAAAAGUUUUGAUAGAUGUCACUUCAAAUAUCCAAUGCCUAUUUGUAUAAAAUAGCAAUGAUAUUUGACUCUUGUGGCUAAAAGCCCAGUGAUGGGAUCAGUGAAUUUCAUUGCUUUUGUUUUUCUUAGUCAUCAUACUGUAGUCAUCAUACUGUAGUCAUCAAUUUCACCGCAAAAUGGUCUAUCUAAUAUUUAUCGGAAUUAAGUAGUCAUUUUUUUGUAGAAAUAUCAAUCAGAUUGUGUGAAGGAAAGCCCCAUUGUAGACUACAGAAAAAGGUCUGUUGGUUUCUGGCACCUUACAACCGCUAAAUUUGCAGAACACUGCCGGUGUAUUAAUUUUCAGACCUCCAACUUAAAUGAACUAGUCAAGGAACAGCUGACUGAGGAUUUGUAUUUACUGUGGGUCAUCCCUGACGGUUUUCCAGAUUUGCUUUAUUCCUGGAGGAGUUUCUCACUUUAUCAAGACGUACAAAACAUUUUUAGGUUGACCACUCUUUAUGUAGCACUCUUUUGCAAACAGCCAGAGGCUGACUUUUUGAACACUUGGAUUUUCUAAUUAAAAUGUAUCCCCUUGAAGUAAUUCUUGUCACAUAGAAAAUUGAAAGUAAGAAGGAAAAGGUAAAUACCCACCAUUGCUCAAGAGUAAGAUAAUGAGGGAUAUAUUUUUGCCAUCUUGAGGAUAAAUAUUCAAAACAAAACGGUACUCAAAAUACUAUGGACCAACGUUUAAAUUUGAAAACUUGUAAUGUUAUGUCUGUGUGUUGGUGUUGUGUACAAUUUGUUUUCUUUAACAGGUUUGACCAUCUUUAAAGGUGUUGGACUAUGAGAAGGAACUUUCCAUACCAAGAAAUUCAAAAUCAGUGGAAACCACAGAUGUAGCAGUUAAAACAUUCAGCUGAAGUUAUUUUUAGCUUCUUUUGGAGUGGAGAAGCAAUCGCUCUCGAAUAGUUUAGAAAACUUGCAUUCUUUAUUGAUGGUGAUAGGUGGUUGCUCUGUAGCUUGGAUAGUUGGAAGAUGGACUUUUUAACAUCUGGCCAUUCUUCUGGUGGAAGUAAAAGUGUUUGAACUCACUGUGCUAAGCACACUUAACAUACUGCAUGGUAGUGUUAUUACAGAGGUUUGGAACUGGCAUUUCUCCUGUUGCAAGCACAUGACCCUGCGUUAUUAAAAUAAAAUAAAAAAGAAAUCAAAUCAUUAACACUUUCAUUCCUAAAUGGCAUUUCUUUGUCAAGAUUUGUUUAAAAGUAACAUCUAGCACACUUUAAAUAGGCCUACCACAAGUGGCAAUAUUACAGAAGUUUGGAACAGGGGUCUCCUGUAGCGCCAAUACAUUUUGACUUUGCUGUACUAAAGUAAAAAAGCAAAUCCAAUCAUUGACGCAGACCUUUAAGAGAAUGCCACAUACUACACUUUUAGUGUAUGUUUGAUUUUUUUUUUUUCUGCAAGAACAAAAACCGCUCAGUUCACAAACAUAUACAGGAGGUUACAAUAAAUAGCGUAUAUUGAAGGUAAGUCACAGGUUACCGGAGUUCAGGUUCAGGAGAAAUCUAGUCCAAAGUGAUUCGGAUAGAGCUGCUAGACUUUAUUGAACUGAUCUGUUUUGAUGUGUAGAAUACUUAAAUAUUCCAAAGGGACCAGCUCAAAUACAACCGUACACCAGUCCUUAAUAGGAAGACCCUUAUCACUAGUCUACCGUAACUUUAUUUUUCUAGCAGCAAAAGUAAAAAUCUUAUAUAACCUUUUGCUAGUUGUAUUUACACUUGGGAGGCCCAAAAUCUAUGACAUUGGAUCCAUUUCUAAUCUUUUGUCAGAUACCUUUUAUGUCUUACAUAAUGCAUCUCGCACACUUGACUAUAAAGGUUCGGAACAGGGUGUCCCUUAUUGCAAACACAUUUCACGUAGUGAUUGAUAUAGAAAAGGCAACCACCUCGGACACUAAAUAGAAUUUUAGAUUUGUUUUCGUAAUCUCAAACUAACUUAACACAUUACACUGUUUGCACAGUGGUUCAGAAUAGGAAUGUCCCUUAUUCCCAACACAUUUUGACCUUGCAUUAUUAAAGCAAAAAAGAAUCUGAUUUUUGAAACUGACAUUCUUAAAGAAGUUUGUCAAAAUAUGUUGAAAUGUAAUGUUAAGCACAGUUAAUGAAUUACUCAACAAUAUAACAAAGGAACAUGGAUAACUCACAAUUUACCCAACAUAUUUUGACCUUAUUGGAAUACAAAUGGCAUCUACCUUGGACACUUCAAUUCGUAUACAAUUUUUUAAAAACUAAUAUGAUAGGUACUGAACAUACUGAACUCAAAAACUAUAUUAUAGAGGUUUGGACCAGGUAUGUCCACCUAUUGCCAACACAUUCUGACUUUGCAUUAUUAGUGUAAAACUGGAAAACAAAACUUUGACACGGACAUUCCUAGAGAAUUCCCAACUCAAGUCUUGUGCAAAGGUUGCACCAAGCACACUUGCAGUAACUAUUGUAUAUUACUUGGGUUCACAACAGGGAUGUCCCUUAUUUCCACCACAUUUAGACUCUGAACUGAUAAUGUAAAAGUGGGAAUCAAAACUUCGACAAUGACAUUCUUAAAGACAAGUUCCAAGUCCAGAUUUGUUCAUAGAUAGCCUCAUGGCUUUUCUUAACUGUGCACCCCAACAAUAUUGGUUCCCUUUGGAAAAAAUGUCGAUGGAAAACUACACUACCAGACCUCACCUUCUCUGAUCACCAAACUACCUGAGGCAGGAAGUCCCAUGGAGUCUGUAACCUUGCGUUUGAAGAAAGAGUGGCGUGUUGUGCCGAGUGAUUGUGUGUGUUUCUUUGGGAAAAUGAGAGGUGUGUUAGCUGCUGUCAGCCAGCUUGUCAAAGACAGGCUGCCCCAAUCCACAAUAGAGGCUCUUCUCUGCAAUUGGGUUACAUUGACGAUGAGUAGUUCUGCAGAAGUCAGUGGACAGUAAAGCCUGGACUUGUUUGCACUGCAGCCAGAGGUAUGCUUACACAGAUCAGCUGAACAAGUAAGGUAAGUGUCCCAUCCAUGUUUAUAAUACAAGAUGCACAGUUCUCCCAUAACUUAACUCUUCUCUCUGUCCUCUCAUACCAUGUCACUGCUCAAGGUGACAUUUACAGGGCUUCUGGCAUCACACUUGUAAAGAAUGGCAUCACAGUGCAGAUCUUUUGUUCCUCUACCCUUUUGUGUGUGGAUGUGGCAAAGCAUUAUAGCCCGUGCAGUGUGUGUGUGUGGUUGUAGUACUUUGGCUUCUAUGUAUGUAUGCAUGAAAGGAACUAUGUAUGGACGGCUGAGUCACUGGUUCAUUACUACGGUUUCCAAACACAGAUGUGUGGAAUACAGUGCUGAAACCUGACACACAAUGCAAAUAAUGGGCUUGGAAGUGUAUCCUGGUUCAAAGUACAAAAGCAACAUUUUGUUUAGGCAGUUUAUAUCUUGAACCGUACUGUAUUUUUCAGGUAUUUCAGUAGUUUUUUUUUUCAUUCUCUAUCUGCUGAUUUCUUUGGUUUUGAUUUUAGUUUAUUAUAUUUAAAAAGUGAUCUGCAGUAUAAAAAGGCAGGUUGUGUUCAACAAUGAAGACCAGCUCAUGUGACAUCAGUUUCCACUUAAACGAAAGAGCUUCCUUUUAUAGUUUCUCUUCUUUGGGCCUGACUUGCAUCUUAAACUGUCAACUUUGUGUCUUUAAGCAAUGGUGCAGAGCAAAAAAUUCUUAUAUUGUAGUAUUUUCAUAUUUUUUAAAUAUUACCUUUAUAUUUAACAUAUAUACUUUAAACAACACUUUGCAGAUUUUGACAUCUCGAGAAAUAUUUUCUUAAAAUGUGGCCAAAAAAUGUCAACUCAAGUCAAUCAGUGCUGAAUUAGAAAACUACCAAAAAGAAAGUAAGAGCAUUGUAGUCAAGGAUUAAACUUCGUAUUAGUUGGAGGUUUUGUUUACAAUCUAUUGACCCUGUCAAAUCAGAGUUGUACCAUCUAUUAUCACUACUGCCGACCUUCUUUGUCUCUGGCUGAACACUGUCUGCAACUAUGAACAUGAAAUCAUGGUAUUGGCUUGGGGUGUUUUUGUAGUUUGGAAGUGAAGUGUCUCGUUGGGUUGUUCUGGGUGGGAUUGUAGAAA